AUGAGGAAGCUCCUGGGCGCCGCGGAGAGGAUGCACGGCGCCGGGGUCACCCACCGCGACAUCAACCCGGACAACAUCCUCGUCGGCCCCGACGAUGAUGAUAACGCGCUGAAGAUCUGCGGGUUCGGGUGCGCGACGACGACGGCGGCGACGGCGACGGCGACGGCGACGAAGCCCGGCGCGGCAAGGCGCGUCGUCGGAGAGGCGGAACCGCCCAUGGGCACGAUGCGGUACCGCUCGCCGGAACAGCUGUACGGCGGCAUCGCACGCUACGGGCCGGAGGAGGACAUGUGGGCGCUUGGGUGCGUCAUGGCCGAGCUCCUCACCCGCGGCGCGCCCCUGUUCUCGGCGGACACGGAGGAGGGCUUGCUGGAGCAGACAAUCGACCUGAGAGACGACAUUGUCACGAUGGGAGUGGAGGCGUUCGACGGCAUGGUGGAGCUGUCGGUCGCCGGGCGUGACCUGCUUGCUGGCUUGCUGGACUUCGACUCCUGGGAGAGGCCUGCCGCGGCAGACGCACUCAAACACCGCUGGUUCACCGAGGAGGACGUCAAAGCUAGCAAAUUAAAGUCUCUAGGAGUGCCUAGCUAG